GAGGCGAAUAUGCGUGCGCGUUUUCGGGUUUUUAAAACGAAGCUUGCCCAGAAUAAUCGUUAUACUCUGUUGGCAAAGUUCUGUGUCCGAGAACUUCGACUACGAUACGAGAUGCUGGACGAGGGUGAUGUAGAUGGGUUUGAUUCGCGUGUUGCGCAGGCGAUAACUGCAACGCAGGAAGAAGAGGAGCAGCAUCAGCAAUCUCUGGAUGUAGUAAACGACGAACAUCUUGACGGAGAUGGAGACGCGAGAAUCCCGCAGUCACGACGUACUUGCGGAAAGCGAAAACGUUUGACGAAGUUGUCCACUGUUUCCAUUCCUGAAGCGGCUAAGCAGAAUAAGAUGUCUGCUGGGGAGUACGCUUUGUGGGUUGCGGGUGGUGCGAAAAGUGGAACUGCUACCGCUAAAGGGAUGCUACUUUCACGUGCGGCAGGGGAUGUUGUUGAAGACUUGGGGAAUGCAGGGGAGAAGCGUGUCAAGAUUGAAGAGGUUGAUGGAAGGAAGUACUUGAGUCCGAACGUUGCUGGCGCUUUACUCAAUGAAGAUGACGAAAAGGAGGCACUAAUAGCGGAGGCCUUUAAUACGGCGUGUCUUGUUGGCGGAUGCCAGGGCGAUGAUUCUGACGAGAAUGAAGAAGAAGAUUACGCCAUGCGGGUCAAGUCCGCGUACAACCACAAGGCAGCUCGUCGGGUUUGGGUAACGAGAGCAGAGAGGACCUACGCCCGCAUCGUGCGGCUGUGCAGACAUGUUGGUAAUAGGUUGUGGGCGGACCGCCGGUCUUACAGGCAACAUGCGGAUGAGGUAGCACAAAAUGCAGACGAGGCCGAAGCUUGGGGCAGCUUCAUCGAUGACGUUAUGGCGGGAGUGGGAUCCGGCGAACAGAUGGAAGGUAAAGAACUAGACCGAGGCGCAGAUGAUAAACGCAAAAAUAAAGAAGCUGCUCUUCCUCCUGCAACAUCCACAUCGACUUCUACGCCCGUAGCUGGAGCAACAACUAAUAGUUUAGGACUGGGCGGACUUCCUCAGCUUCGCGAGCGUGGAAAUCUAGAUGAGCAUGCACAGGCGCACCAAGAGUAUCUACAGUUGUUACCGGUGGGCAUCCGGAAGGACCCUGGGCAAGCAUUCAACAGACUUCCAACUCUAGCCACAAGGACGACGUCUGAUGCUACUUCCGACGAAGCGCGAAAGAUCUUGAACACUGAAUUUUUACAGUGUCGGGCACUUGAUCCUUUGGCCAGAAGAAAACUAAAAGCGCAGGAGAAGGAGAUGGAAGUGAAGGAUUUACUUGCUGAACCAGACGACGACGAUUAUGAGCUUUUACGCGAGGAGAAGCGAACUCAUGAAGUCAAAGGGUGCCGAGGCCUUCGAAAUCGUCUCUGCUAUAACUACACAGUGGCAACACCAUGCGAGUGCUCCGGUGGGCACAUGAAUAUGCUGCAGCAUGUGUACAAGCAGGCAGAGGACUGCUCCGUACCUUUACCCGGAGUUGGAGCAUCAGAAAUUGGCGCGCAGCCGUUUAAGCUGCUGCACGUUUGGGGAUCUGAUUCUGGUUCUGAU